AUGCUUCUCCUGGUGGAUUUCCCGGAGGACGGGAGAAGGAAAGCCAGGUGCACCGGAGAGCUGGAAUACUCCAGAGGUAGAUACGGCGCGCCGGUAUCGAUCAGUUCGAAAGCUGUUCUUAUUUCUUACUCACUCUACCUACUCUACCUAGCUAGCUACCUCCUCGUACUCAAUCCUAAACCUCCCACGGCCCUUCCCUCGAUCCCUCUGUAA